AUGAGGGCCCAUUCAGUUGUCCGGUCACAGAUUCGCGGCCUUUCCGGCCUGACGAGGGCGCCAACUCGACUACAGACGCAGAAUCUCCUCUGUCGACGAUGCGCGUCCACGGCCGUCCUGCGUUAUCCCGCUACGGCGCUCUCAUACCAGCAACCGCUGAGCAGGCGCUGGGAGCAGAGACGGAAUGCUUCUGCAGCUGCAGCUGAGGUCCUGGAAAAAGCCGCCGCGGAGCCGGAGGGUCUCUCCCAGGAAGCCAUCAUCGACAACCUCGAUCCCAUUGAAGCCGCACGCCUCUCCAAAGUCAGGAAUAUUGGUAUCGCGGCACACAUCGACAGCGGUAAAACCACCUGUACCGAACGUGUUCUUUUCUAUACCGGUCGUAUCAAGGCCAUCCACGAGGUUCGAGGUCGCGAUGCUGUCGGAGCAAAGAUGGACUCCAUGGAGCUUGAAAGAGAGAAAGGUAUCACCAUCCAGUCUGCCGCGACUUUCUGCGACUGGGUUAAGAAGGGCAAGGAUGGAAAGGAUGAAACCUACCACAUCAACUUGAUCGAUACUCCAGGUCACAUUGAUUUCACCAUUGAAGUCGAGAGAGCACUUCGAGUUCUUGACGGAGCCGUCAUGAUUCUCUGUGCCGUGUCCGGUGUUCAGUCCCAGACGAUCACGGUCGACCGGCAAAUGAGAAGAUACAACGUGCCUCGUAUUUCCUUCAUUAACAAGAUGGACCGUAUGGGUGCGAACCCAUUCAAGGCCAUUGAUCAGAUUAACAACAAACUGAAGAUUCCCGCUGCUGCUGUUCAGGUGCCAAUUGGUGCUGAGGACGAAUUCAAGGGCGUGGUCGAUCUGAUUCGCAUGAAGGCCAUCUACAACGAAGGCUCCCGGGGUGAAGUUAUUGUCGAGAAGGACGAGAUUCCGGAAGAAGUGAAGGCAAUUGCGGAAGAGAGGAGAAAGAUCCUUAUUGAGACCCUUGCGGACGUCGACGAUGAAAUGGCGGAGAUCUUCUUGGAAGAAGCCGAGCCCACAGAGGACCAGAUCAAGGCCGCUAUUCGACGCGCCACCAUUGGUUUGAAGUUCACACCAGUCUUCAUGGGAUCUGCCCUCGCCGAUAAGUCGGUUCAGCCCAUGCUGGAUGGUGUUGUUGACUAUCUGCCCAAUCCCUCUGAAGUGACGAAUUUGGCCCUCGACCAGAAGCGCGAUGAGGCUUCUGUCAAGCUUGUCCCCUACAACUCUCUCCCAUUUGUUGGUCUCGCUUUCAAGCUUGAGGAGAGCAACUUCGGACAACUCACGUACAUCCGUGUGUAUCAAGGAGCCCUCCGCAAGGGUGCCAAUGUCUUCAAUGCCCGAAACAACAAGAAGAUCAAGGUGCCACGUAUUGUUCGCAUGCACUCCAAUGAGAUGGAGGAGGUGUCUGAGAUCAGUGCUGGUGAAAUCUGUGCGGUGUUUGGUGUUGAUUGUGCCUCUGGAGACACCUUCACCGACGGCCAGCUUGCUUACAGCAUGUCUUCCAUGUUUGUGCCAGAACCCGUUAUUUCGCUGUCCAUCAAGCCCAAGAACAACAAGGACUCUGCCAACUUCUCCAAGGCCAUGGCUCGAUUCCAGCGUGAAGACCCAACCUUCCGAGUCUCCUACGACUCCGAGAGUGAGCAAACCAUUAUCUCCGGAAUGGGUGAGCUGCACCUUGACAUCUACGUCGAGCGUAUGCGUCGUGAAUACCGUGUAGACUGCGAGACCGGUCAGCCUCAGGUUGCCUACCGUGAGACACUCGGCAACCGUGUUGAGUUCGACCACCUGCUCAAGAAGCAAUCCGGAGGUCCCGGUCAGUACGCUCGUGUCGUCGGUUACCUCGAGCCUACUGGAUCUUUGGAAGACAACAAGUUUGAAGAACAGAUUGUUGGUGGCAGUAUCUCGGAGAAGUUCUUGUUUGCAUGCGAGAAAGGUUUCAACCUGGCGACUGAAAAGGGCCCUCUUAUCGGACACAAGGUCCUUGGUACCAGGAUGGUCAUCAACGAUGGAGCUACCCACAUGACCGACUCUUCUGAAAUGGCUUUCAAGAAUGCUACUCAGCAGGCUUUCCGUAAGGCAUUCAUUGAGAGUCAGCCGGCCGUGCUGGAGCCUCUCAUGAAGACUGUUGUUACCGCCCCGGUCGAAUUUCAGGGUGAUGUGAUUGCGCUCCUGAACAAGCGCAACGCUACCAUUAACGACUCUGAGGUCGGUGUCGACGAGUUCACUGUUUACGCUGACUGCAGCUUGAACGGCAUGUUCGGUUUCAGUAGUCACCUGCGUGCGGCUACUCAGGGCAAGGGCGAGUACACCAUGGAGUUCAGCCACUAUGAGCGAGCUCCUGGACAGUUGCAGAAGGAACUGGUUCAGAAGUACCAGAAGGCACAGGCCGACCGUCACAAGAAGGAUCCCAGUGCCGCAAGCGCAUAAAUAUACAAAGACGCUGUGUAUGUGGAUCGACUGUGACUGAUCUCUUGGAGGAAAUGGUCCUGCCUGUGGCACGGCUUCAUAAAAUCCAUUUUUAACGACUCUUUUACCGUUAGACUCGAGGAUGUGUCUUAUAUUCCCCCUUUGUCAUUACUACGCCAAUUUUCUCGCAUGUGAAUACUGGAGGACGCGGCCAUAUUUAUUACAUUAACUCAUGUCACACAUCCUAGAGACCACGCUGCUUGGUAAAAAAGAGAGAAAAAAAGAAAAGAAAAAGUGACUACUGUGACGGCCGCUUAUGGAAGGACAGCCCAGGGAAGAGACUCUGGGUUGAUGCUGGGUUGAUAC